CAAGUGAAGCAUUUGCCUUGUUUGAAUAUUCUGAUUUUGCAUAUAUACAUUUAAGUUCGUCAUGGCUGCUAUAUAGUUUCUGUUUUUCUCAUUUAGAAAAAUGAGGUGAUUUUUUUUUGAUGACGAUCAAUUGAUAUGUGCAAUGGUGGAAUUGUUAAGGAUGAAAAAUGCAUUGUGGGUUAGUUUUUGAUAGUGGCCACUAUAUGCAGAAGAGAGGGAGGCUAGGUCUGUAUCUGAAGUUUCCAUUAAAUACCUACUGGGAGUUUUCAUUCCGAGGGUACUCCAAGAGGUAUCUCAUUGUAUUCCUGUUCAGUACAACUUUGGAUUGUAUGACGAAGUUGAAGAGAAACCUUAGACAGGAUCCUCUUCCUGUGGCCGAGACACUUGCAAGAUGGAAGGAGUACAAUGACAAUCUAGAUUCAUCCAUUGAUGGGACUAUACCAGCUCGCAAAGUUCCUGCCAAGGGGUCUAGGAAGGGAUGCAUGAAAGGUAAGGGAGGACCUGAGAAUUCUCGAUGUAACUACAGAGGUGUAAGGCAGAGGACAUGGGGCAAGUGGGUGGCAGAAAUCAGGGCACCUAAUAGGGGAAGCAGGCUCUGGCUGGGUACCUUCCCAACUGCAAUUGAAGCUGCUCUUGCUUAUGAUGAAGCGGCCAGGGCCAUGUACGGUUCCUAUGCCCGUCUCAACUUUCCGAAGGUUACAAUCUCCAGUUACUCAACAAAAUCUUCUGUUCGAGCAACAGUACCAGCUGCUUCCUGUGUAGCAGCUUCUGCAGGUUCCGAAUCAUCAGAAAUAUCAAGUCACUCUGAGGAUUUCUCUCCGGAUAAAGUGAAUUCUCAUUCACCUCAAGUAGUGAACACUGAUGUGAUCGAUCUAAAUCAAAUGGAUCUAAAUCAAACUGAGAUGGAAGAAUGAAGAAUCAGUUAUUCGUGGGCAUAAAUGUAUAUGUAUAGUAUAUACUUGGGGUUAUUGUGGAGGGUGUUGGUUGUUCUUCAUGGCUGAUUAGCUAUAUGGUGGAGGGUAGAGAUUGCGUUUGUAUCUUUGUGAUGACAGGAGUUUUGGUAACUUAAUUUAAGCAAUUUUCGUUUUCAGUGCU